AAUUGAUUGAUUUUUGUAAUCAUGUAUGGCCUUUAUAUGAACCCGAUGGUAUGCAAUGGCCUAGGAACGGUACACUGAAUCCUGACAUUAUUACACCUUUGAUACAUUUCUUGCAAAGUAAUGAAAAAUGGGUUUUGGGGGAGGAAUUGUAGCCAGUGGGGAUGGAAAUACAGGUGCUUUCCCGGGAAAUUCACAAGGUGUCGCCCAGGCCUUUAUGAUGGGGAAUUACCAGAAUCAGAGCUGACUAGACCAGGAUUUAAAGGUAAUAAUGGAAGUAGAUGGGGAACCGUUAGAAUUUAGAGUAGGUACAGGGGCAUCAUUCUCAGCUGUCAACACUAAGAUAGGACCUUUAAGUGAUUCUACUAUUCAAGUAGUGGGAGUUACGGGACAAGUUGAGGAACGAACAUUUUUGCGGCCAUUAGAUAUAAAAUUUGGGGGGAAGGAAUUUGACCAUCGAUUUUUAUAUAUGCCAAAUAGCCCAGAAUCACUAUGUGGGAGGGAUUUAUUGUCAAUGUUAGAAGCAAAGAUAAUAUUUGAAAAAGGUAGAGUAAGAUUAGAAUUUCCCGAGGAGAAUAUUGCUAAGCUGUUUGUAGUGAAAGAAGUAGAAGCAGUAGAAAUACCACAAGAAAUAGAGCAAGCUGUAGUACCAUGGGUAUGGGAAACAGGAGUACCUGGAAAAUCAAAAGCGGCACAACCGGUUGUAAUAGAACUAAAAGAAGGAGCCUCCCCAAUAAGGGUAAAACAAUAUCCUUUGAAAUUGGAAGCACGAAUAGGAAUAGCACCCAUGAUUGAACAAUUUCUUAGCUUAGGAAUUUUACAGGAAUGUGAGUCAGAAUUCAAUACUCCGAUAUUCCCAGUUAGAAAGCCAAAUGGUAAGUAUAGAUUAGUUCAAGAUUUAAGAGCAAUUAAUAAUAUCACUAAAGAUAUACACCCAGUAGUAGCUAAUCCGUAUACAUUGUUGACAGCUGUGUCGGAAAAAUUUAAGUGGUUCACAGUGAUUGAUUUGAAAGAUGCAUUUUUCUGUAUCCCCUUGGCACUUGAAAGUAGGAAAUACUUUGCCUUUGAGUGGGAGAACCCAGACACGGGAUGCAAGAAGCAGCUCACCUGGACGCGUCUACCACAAGGAUUCAAAAACUCACCAACUAUUUUUGGAAAUCAAUUGGCUCGAGAGUUAGAAGAAUGGAAGAUGACUCAGGUAAAAGAAUCACCUUGUUUAUAUGUUCUCCUACAAUAUGUUGAUGAUAUCUUUAUAGCCUCCGCAGAAAAGGAUGUUUGCCUUAGACUCACCAUUGAAUUACUUAAUAUGCUGGGACAAGCUGGAUACCGAGUAUCGAAAGAAAAAGCUCAGCUGGUAAGAACCCAAGUGAUUUACCUAGGCUGCGAAAUUUCACAAGGGGUGCGAAAGUUAGGAAUCAAUCGAGUACAAGCAAUUUGCACCAUACCCACACCACGAAAUCCGCAAGAGUUAAGAUCCUUUUUGGGCAUGAUAGGGUGGUGCUGCUUGUGGAUUCCGGAAUUUGGACUGAAAGCAAAACCUCUGUAUGAAGCAGCCAAAGGCCCUGUGUUUCAGUGGGGACAAAUGCAAGAAAAGGCAUUUCAGAGUUUGAAACAAGCUUUAAAGGAAGCCCCAGCACUAGGAUUGCCAGAUCUCACAAAACCUUUUCAACUAUACGUAAAUGAGAGACAGAGACUGGCAAUAGGGGUUCUCACCCAAAAAUUGGGUUCAUGGAAGCGCCCGGUGGGGUACUUCUCAAAGCAGCUAGACUCUGUAAGUGCCGGAUGGCCCAGUUGUCUUAGGGCUGUGGCAGCAACAGUGCUUCUAAUUCGAGAAGCCAGAAAAUUGACUUUGGGAAAAAGGAUGGAAGUAUUUGUUCCCCAUAUGGUCAUUGCAGUUUUGGAACAAAAAGGGGGGCAUUGGCUCUCGUCGAGUCGCAUGUUACAAUAUCAGGCACUCCUCCGAGAACAGGAUGACAUUGAAUUAAAAAUAACCAAUCAUCUCAAUCCAGCAGAAUUUCUUAGGAGCAGCAGCCAGGAAGAAGGAGGCGAAUUGACACAUGAUUGUGUAGAAAUCAUUGAACAGGUGUAUGCCAGCCGGAAAGACCUGAAAGAUGAGCCUUUGGAAAAUCCGGAAUGGGAACUGUUUACAGAUGGAUCCAGCUUUGUGGAAAACGGAACCAGGUAUGCGGGAUACGCAGUAGUGACUUUGACACAAAUAAUAGAAGCUCGAGCUUUAACCCCGGGAACUUCAGCCCAGAAAGCCGAGAUACAAGCUCUGGUAAGAGCCUUAGAACUGAGUGAGGGGAAAAGAGUAAACAUUUGGACUGAUUCAAAAUAUGCCUUUGGAGUAAUACAUGUACAUGGAGCACUGUGGAAAGAAAGAGGACUGUUGAAUUCUCAAGGAUCAGAAAUUAAGCACAAAGAACAAAUAUUAGCACUAUUGGAAGCAGUGCAUAAACCUCAGGCAGUAGCAGUGAUGCAUGUAAAAGGACAUCAAAAUGAAGAGGGAAAAGCGUUCCAAGGAAACAAGCUGGCUGACAGAGUUGCCAAACAGGUUGCUCGAGAGGUAUGGACACAAUUAGCUUUAUUGCCAGUGCGAAUUAACCCUGCCACUUCUUUUCUUGAGCAGAAACCAUGUGUUCAGGCCCAGAAGAACGAAAAAGGAUGGUAUGUCACUGCUGAAGGUCAGGUUGUACUGCCAACAAAAGUAAUGAAAACAAUUUUAGAAAUCGAACAUAACAAGUGCCAUUGGGGAGCAGACGCAUUGGUACAAUUUUUAAAACGUAAGGUGAUUUCCAAUCAGAUGUUAACAAUGGCAAAACGGAUUAACGCCAUGUGUCCAGUCUGUAUUAAAAAUAACCCAGUGACACGAAGGCAAAUACAACUAGGAAAGUUACAAGUGGGGCCGCAACCAGGAGACUAUUGGCAAAUAGAUUUCUCAGAGCUACCAAAAGCACAAGGGUACCGUUAUUUACUGGUGUAUGUGUGUACCUUUUCAGGGUGGCCAGAAGCCUUCCCAUGCAGGAGUAACCAGGCAAAGGAAGUAAUUAAAACUUUACUACGGGAAAUCAUCCCUAGAUUUGGAAUCCCAUUAGGGAUGUCCUCAGAUAGAGGACCUCACUUUGUAGCUAGAGUAGUCCAAGAGGUAGCCAGAGUGUUAGGGAUAAUUUGGAAUCUCCAUACGCCCUGGAGACCACAAUCUAGUGGCCAAGUAGAACGGAUGAAUCAGACAUUAAAAGGGUAGAUUAAGAAAAUUUGUCAGGAAGCAAAGAUACAGUGGCCUCAGGCACUACCUCUAGCCUUGCUAAGAAUCAGGAUUAAACCCAGAGAAAGGAUAGGAGUAAGUCCAUACGAAAUUUUGUAUGGCAAACCAUAUCAUGCUACAACUUACAAAGGGGACCCUCACUUAGUAGGAGAUCAGGCACUGUUGAGUUACAUUUUGUCUUUAAAUAAAGUCCUUACAGCGCUGCGAGGAGCACUGCAGUGGAACCGGCCCCUGCCCUUGGAGAAUCCUGUUCAUGACAUACAGCCAGGAGAUCAAGUAUAUGUGAAGAACUGGAAUACGGAACCCUUGAAAGAAGUAUGGGACGGUCCUCACCAGGUGAUCAUGACUACCUACACGGCAGUGAAAGUCCAAGGGAUCGAAAACUGGAUUCACUACAUUCGAAUCAAGAAGGUCCCGUCAAGAUGGGAAGUACAGCCUCUGUCAGCAACAAAGCUGGUGUUCAGGGCAAGGACUUAG